UGCAGGAUGCUGGUGGGCGCCAGGCUCCAGCGGCGGCGGCGGCAGCUGCAGCAGCAGCCCCGGCGGCGGCAGCCUCUCCUCUGGCCGAUGAAUGCAGACCCGCCGCCGCCGCCGCCGCCCUGGGUUUGGAUGGUUCCCGGCUCGGCCGGGCUGCUCCGGCUGGGCGCCGGGGUCGCGCCCCCGCCCGUGCUGCUCGCCUCGGCGCAGCCCCCCGCCGGCGCGCUGCUCCCGGGGCUGCCCGGCUGGCAAGCCCCCGGAGAGCCCCUGCUGCCGCUGCUGCCGCUGCCCUCUGCGCCAGACCACGCCGCCGCCGCCGCCUCCGCGCACCACUACCCCUUGCUCCACGGGCAGUGGCUGUGCGGUGGCCAUUCUCCAUCUAUAGGACUCUCUCCCUCUUCCACUGUGGAGCUGGUGCCCAUUUUCCCACAUGUCUGCCCGUCUGCUCUCCCACCUCCUGUUGGGAAAAGUUGGAUAGACAAAAGGAUACCUAAUUGUAAGAUCUUUUUUAAUAAUUCCUUUGCUCUGGACUCAACGUGGAUAUAUCCUGAGGAGUCAAGGUUGUUCCGUGGGCAUGAAAAGCCUCAUCUGUUGGCAAACCAAGUCGCCCUGUCUCUGUCCAGACCAGCUCCUGCCUCCUGGCCUCUUCCCACGGGGCUGUUAGCACCUCAGCUAAUACCAGGUGGUUGUCACAACAGCCUGAAGCCUGUUAGCAGCACCCCCGGCAUUGCCAUCACCGCCACGGCUGCCGUGGUGUCCAUGGACCCAGAGGGACUUGGGGGCCCCUCCCCCUCCAGCGUGCAGCCCUGCCACUUCCUGACCUUGGCACCCAUCAAGAUACCCCUGAGGACCGCCCCCUUCUCUGACAGAAGCAGAGAGCGCAGCCGAGCGCCCGGCGCCCCCGCCCUCAUGCUGCACGCCGAGACGAAGAGCCCGGCCGGGCCCAGGGAAGAGAAGGAACCGCCAUCGAUAUUAGUCACCAGAGAGGACAGUGCAGCCAAAGGAAACAGACCCGUGGCCUCCACUCCAGUGCCCGGCUCCCCCUGGUGCGUGGUCUGGACGGGCGACGACCGGGUUUUCUUCUUCAACCCGACGAUGCAGCUGUCCGUGUGGGAGAAGCCUGUGGACCUGAAGAGCCGCGGGGACCUGGACAGGAUCAUCGAGGACCCACCCCACAAGCGCAAACUGGAGGCGCCGACACCCGACCACAGCGACGGGUCUCAGUCUGAGGACGGCAGGGGAGACCGGAACCUGAGGACCAAGAGGAACCGGACAGAAGGCCAUGGGAGUCCUGGGCCGGAGGAGGCAGAAGGACAGGACAAGGGUGCCGAGACGCCGCCGCCCCAGAUCCUCCUGCCACUGGAGGAGCGGGUGACCCACUUCCGAGACAUGCUGCUGGAGCGAGGGGUGUCAGCGUUUUCUACCUGGGAGAAAGAGUUACAUAAAAUCGUGUUUGAUCCACGCUACCUCCUGCUAAACUCGGAGGAGCGGAAGCAGAUAUUUGAACAGUUCGUGAAGACAAGGAUAAAAGAAGAAUACAAGGAGAAGAAAAGCAAACUGCUGCUCGCCAAAGAAGAAUUCAAAAAGCUUCUGGAGGAGUCUAAGGUGUCACCCAGGACCACAUUCAAGGAGUUUGCGGAGAAGUACGGCCGGGAUCAAAGGUUUCGACUUGUUCAAAAAAAGAAGGACCAGGAGCAUUUUUUCAACCAAUUCAUCCUUAUCCUUAAGAAACGGGACAAGGAAAACAGACUCAGGCUACGGAGAAUGAGAUGAGUGUGGAAGCAGCGCGACAAGCCAGGU